CUUUCUCUCUCUCUCAAGUUUUUAUCUUUUCUGGGUUUUCUUCAUUUUCUAUCAGAAAGACACAUAUACUCUCUCUAUCUCUCUCCUUAUAAAAACGACAAGUAAUUUUGGAACCUCCUGAAUUUAAAUAGAGUAAGGUAUGCUACAUACACAUUGGCAUACUAGGAGGAAGAACCUUUUAUGUUCAUAGCAGUAGGGUUUUGUGUUUUUCAUUUGAGCAUUUCAAGCAUCUCUCUCUCUCUUUUUCUCUCUCUUAAUUUUUAGACACUAGUUUUUUAGCCAAUACUCUCAUAUAUACAAUUACAAGUUCCAAGAAAGACAAGAGACCAAGUAGAAAUGGUCAGAGAGAAUAGGUACAGCACAUCAUCAAGAGGUGGUGGAAAUGGUGGAGGAGCAGCUGGUGGUGAUGGUGGUGCUGAGUUGAUGAUGAGUAAUAAUACCGUUAAGCCUGCAUGGCUAGAGGGAUUGAUGGCGGAGACAUUCUUUGGUGGUUGUGGGGUCCAUGAGAAUCGAAGGAAGAAUGAGAAGAACAUCUUUUGCUUGCUCUGUUGCCUUAGUAUCUGUCCUCACUGCCUCCCUUCUCAUCGCUCUCACCCUCUUCUCCAGGUGAGAAGAUACGUUUAUCAUGAUGUUGUUAGACUGGAGGAUCUUGAGAAGCUUAUUGAGUGUUCUUAUAUUCAGCCCUAUACUAUAAACAGUGCUAAAGUGAUAUUCUUGAAUCAGAGGCCUCAGUCAAGGUCUUGUAAGGGCUCUGCCAAUGUAUGCUUCACUUGUGACAGGAUUCUUCAAGAGCCAUUCCACUUCUGUUCUCUUUCAUGCAAGGUUGAUCACUUGGUGGAACAAGGGGAGGAUCUCUCUGCUAUUCUAUACAGAAUUGAUGAAUCUGAGUUUGCAUUUUCACAAUUAGAAGGAUUGAGAAUGGACAGCUCUGAGGUCAUUGAUGAUGAUAGUCACAUUACCCCUAACUUCAUUCUAGAGGACCAAGAUCAAUUCAAGGGCUCAUCAUGCUCCAAUGACACCAUGGGCAGUUCUGGAAUUUCCAAGGAGUCUGAGGUUGUGAAAAGGAAGAAGAAAGGAAGUGGCUUCCUCCCAGGGUUUGUACUCUCAUUGAGCAGCAGAAGAAAGGGCGCCCCGCAUAGGGCUCCUCUUUCUUGAAUAAUGUUCAGAAAAAUUCACAUUAAAAAAAAAAAAUCUGAGUUUCCUUAUUAAUAAUAUAUUAUAUAUAUAUCAAAGUUUAAUUUGUUUAUCGGCAUUAGGGUCGGCUCGCUUGGGUUCGGUUUCGAUUAAACUUAGCAUUAUGCUUCUUUAUUUUCUUAAUUAUGAUCCUAAAUUUUCAUGUUGCACUUCCAUUACUGACCUUUAAGUGGUUGUAUGGAGAGACUAUCUUGGAAACUAGCUAGGCUCGUUGCUCCACUAGUUUUGUAUGAUGUAAUGGAACUUGCACACAUGUGUUAUUCGCAUAAUUUAUUGCUUCCCCUUUCAAUUU